UAAGGCUGAAACUAGCAGAACAAAUGAGUUAUUAGUAACUUACCAGGCAUUGUAUGGCAGUUUUACUAUAGAUCUACACAGCUUCAGCCGACUGCCGGAUGUUUUUCUGGUGGUUGUAAACUUCGUAUCGACUCUGUGAUAGAAACAACAACAACUUAUAUCAACGCUGGAGAUAUUAUAUAAAUAUUUGUUAUACGAUUGGGAGAAAUAACUGUUCAUAUAGUGCGAGCGAUUUUCUAGAAUUGCCACUCGGCCGUAUAAUAAUUCCGUAUAAUGAGGCGUUCUGUGGUAUCGACCGGGAUAUAGAAUUUGGAAAGAUUUAUUACAAUUCAAUGGAAUAUUAGAUUUAAUGAGAGGAAUGUGUCUGGAAGUAAGAAUGGAAUAUAGCAACAAAAUGGACCUACCGGAAAUGAAUAGAUAGAGAAAAUUCUAAUGGAAAGCAGACGAUACUCAGGGGGUAACAGUAAUGAGAACGGCAAGAAACAUGUCGUGCCGCAUAUAAAAAUAUCUGCUGUUAAAAGUGACGCAAACUCAAAAGCACAGAGCAAUGCAGGAGGAUGGUCGCAGAAAAAUGUGUCAAAGAGCGGAAAAGCUGGCCCAUCUACGGCCUCACUAUCGGUGAACCCAAACAAUUAUCGGCAAAGAAAUAUUAAUGAUUUUAACAAAAGCAAACACACAGAGCAGAAUAUUAAAAAUGAUAUACGUCAGAAGCCAGUAGUAAACAGUCAUGCUGCAGAGAAACCAAACAGAAGCAAAAACGCUGCGUCAACUAAAGCAGACGAUAAAACUGUUAAUGACAGUAAGACGUCUGCAAAUGCAAAACCGGGCAAAAUUCCGAUCCGCCGAUGUGCCUCUAUAGAUGUAGGUGAACUAAACAGAAAGAAAAAGAGCAAACGGAGUAAAAAGAAACAAAAGCAAUUAGAAAAAGAAACGCUUCUUGCUGUUCAAAGUGCUAUUAAGAUUCAGGAAGCACAAAAACAACCUCAACGUAGCGGCAGCUUAGGUGCUAGACCUACGAGUUUGAAAUUGUCCCAUACAAACACAGUGACAAGUGAUGCCAAAAACGUCUUUCCAACACCCGUUCCAAGCAAACGACAUUCCAGUCCACCAGUUACCACGCAAAAUGCAAGGACAAAUAGCGUGAACUUAAAUUCUAUAUCCCCGGACCUAUCACCAAACGACACUUCUGCUAUUUUACCACCGAAACCAAAACUCAAGCAGAAGUCGAAGAAAGUCUCAGAGAGUGUAUCUAUUGAUUUAUCAGACACUGAAGACAGCAGCUGGUAUAGUACAUUUCCUACUGGGGAGGGAUACCGGAAACAUGGUCUGAAAUACACAUUUCCCAGUUCUCCCUACUUCCGGCUUCGCAAUCCUGUGAUAAGAAAUACAUGGGUUAAAGUUUUAGGCCUAAUUGCAUAUAUGUUUGUCGCGUUCUUGGUGUUUUGUCCUGUAGCCGCAAUUAUUCUUGUGUUGUUUCCAAUUUGUAUAUUUUUAAAAACAACAUUGAAAUGUUGCUGUGCUUGCUGCAGUAUUCAAAACCAGGCAUGUUGUGUCUGCGGACAGCGUCUCUCAGUUACCGAGAAAUUCUGGGUUCGAAAUGAAAUAAACAAUCCAAUAAUUGUUCAGAGUUUGAUUAUUGUUGAGUACGGAUUGUCAGUUCCACAAAUUGUAAAUAUUAUCAACAACAGAAUCGUUUUAGCAAAAGGCGAAGAUGGUUGCCGUUUAUAUCCAAAAUUUUCACAAAAAGUAGUUGACACAUGUGCAGAUUACGUGUGGCAAGAAGACCGCAAUUUCUUCAUUCACAAUCACGUGUUCGCCAUGCCAAAGGGUAUUGAAUCUUUAGAAGACCUGCAAGAUUAUUUGUCGGACUUAGCAUCUAGGCCAUUUAUGUCCGGACGACCACUUUGGGAAAUUCAAGUACUUACCGACUUUGGAGAUGUUCGUGAUACUGUGGUGUUAUUCAGAAUGCACCCAUGCCUCACUGAUGGUGUCUCUAUGGUAAAGAUUCUCUAUAAAUCUUUAGCAGAUGUUGACUCUGUGACGACAGUACCUCCUGUCAUGGGCAAAGAAAGCUGUUGGGAUUGUAUACGAUCAGUUAUAGAUGGGCCCAUUAAAUUUAUAACUAGAAUUGUGUCAAAAAGAAAUGAUUUUAAUUUGUUACAUGGUGAGCACAUACACCUCUCAGGAAAGAAAGUAAUCACGUGGUCAGAACCAUUUAGUUUGUCGUCUGCUAUGAAAAUCAAGCAGGUGACAAGAAGCACGCUCAACGAAGUGUUUAUGUCGGUUGCUGCUGGCAGCAUUAGGAACUAUCUUAUUCUAAAUGGGGUUCAAAACCCAUACGAUAUGCAGUCAAGCAUUCCAGUGUAUUAUGGUGCUAACAAGCAUGUUUCCGGUAUUGGCAACGAUAUAAUGUUGAUAAAUGUCAGCCUUCCAACGAACACCGAAGGUGUGGUACCAAGAUUGUGGAAAAUGAAGGACAGAAUGAACAAUGUGAGAGAAUCAUCUUUAUUUUCUGUCUGUAGAAGAAUAUUUAAAUUAUCAUAUCACAUGUUAGCGGAGUCAAUGUGGAUCAAAAUGUGGAUUUAUUUGUUAGAAAAGUGUACUUGUGUAGUAACUUCUUUACCUGGACCGGAAGUAGAGCUGCGCCUCUCUGCAAAGCAGAUUAAGACAAUCUUCUACUGGUUCCCACCAGUUCAGAAGAUGGCGCUUGCAAUCUCGUUCUUUACGUACGGGGACCAGAUACAAAUGGCAGUGUCGGCUGAUCGCAAUGUUCUCCCGAACCCGGAAAUCAUCACAAAGGACUUCAUUUUUCAGAUGGAGACGUUGUAUGAACAACUUGGGCACAGACGUAUACCCGGAGGAGACCAGUCCAACAAGAAGUUAGACCUUACACUACUGAGCACGGAGAUCCGACCCGAGGAGACCGCAGCGCAGCUUCAGAAGAAGAUGUCAAUGAUACAUCAAGAGUUACAGAACCUGAAACACAAAUUAGAUGCUAAACGAAGCGAUCAUUGUGAAGAGGAUCACAAACUAAUGAAGAAGAUAGAGAAUUUAAAGGAACAGUUUAGAGAAAUGUUGGUAGAGAUGAGGAAAAGAAAGGCCGCAGAAUCUGAACUAGCAAUGUCCUUUAAUGAGGACGAUAGCACGGAGGACGAUGACGACUUUGAACUGCCUCGACGGCCAUUUCGGCGGCGGGCUAUGUCCGUAUCUUCUCGUUUAUCCACGUCGUCGGUAUCAUCGACAGUUCGUCCGCUACCGGCGCCGACACCUAUGAUGACGCCUGAUUACAGUCCCGAUUCUCCAAUUAUGAUUUUGGAUAAACAGGUUCCCUACACAAGUUACAGCAGCGAGAGGAAAUUCCACACGGUACCUUACUCGAGCAGACGACCAUCUGCUAAUCGGCAGACGAUGGAGCAGUUCGAGAUUAUAGACUAUCAGUAUUCACCUUCUAUGGAGCGACGCCAUUUGCCAGCAAAAAAGAUGAUUUAAUGAAGUAACCGCGUGUUGUAAGAUCAGUAGAUCUAGGCAUCGAGUACGACUUUAAGGGAGCUUUAGGAUUUAGGAUGGGAUAUUUUUUAACAGAAUAGUAAUUAUUUUAUGCUAUUCAGUGAAAUAUUGGAAUAUAUCUGUGAAAAAAUUGAUGCUUUUUACUGUUUCAAAGCAGUGAAAUAAUUAUCAUUUUUAUUUUUCACUGGUUCGGAACCACAUUUGAAUGUGAAUUAUAAAUAAUCAGAAAUCCUUUCCAAAAUAUACUUCAAUGAAGAUUCAGAUACAUGUAUGUAUACUGAACAAAAACUUCUAAAUAGACUAUUUUUGUUUUUCAAUAACUUUUUGUUUAUAAGCCAUGCAACUUUAUAACAUGCUCUCUUGUCAGGUUGUCAAAAAAAAACCUGUUUUACCACCUCAUUACUUGUUAUGAAUCGCAUGUGCAUUUUAUAAUAAAUAAUUUAUUAUAAUGUAAACUGUUUGAAAGUCAAAUUAAAAUUCAAGUAUAUGAUAUCUCAAAACGGAUAUCACAAACAAUUUGAUACAGCAAGACCAUUAUGUGCCAGAAGCGUGAUUAAAAUGAUAACCGCAGCCGCCCUUUCCAUGAAACACAUCAACGUGGAAAACAGUCAUAUUAUUCCGCUUAAUAAGGUUCAGUUCAUUCCACCAAGCGGUUGCCGAAAUAUAAGCUUACAAUCAAUAAAUUAAGUCAAAAGGGACAAAAUGAAGUCAUGUUUUACUUGUUAUUGUAAGUGAGUGAAGUUUUAGUUCAUUCCAACAAGCGGUUAUUUAGAUACCAGCUUACAUGCAAAAACAUAACUAAGCAAUGGUAAGCCGGAAAAUAAUCCGUGAAUCAAACUCCAACAUAGUGUUACUUCCCCAUAUCGGUCCUGCGAGGAGAUGCUAAUUCCAUUUAUUUCAUCUGCACAUUGCAUGUCAUAUCAUCACAUUGAACAAGUGUGUGAAGUUACAUCCAUUCCCAAAGACAGGCUUAACCAAUGCCGCCGCGGACAUGGCCACGGGCCAGUGAAUGAGUGCAUAGCUUUACCUACUGCUUAAAAUCAAAUUUCUUUGGUACAGCUCUUUUGUCUUAAAAAAGAAGAAACUAAAAUAAUAGAUCUCGUACUCCCUUAUGAAAUAUUGCAUUUGUGAGUUUAGGUCUGGAAUAGAGUAGUUGUCAUUAAAUGAAAUUUAUCUUAUUCAAAUAUAAAAGAAGAGUUUGCCCGAGCAGGACUGCUUUAAUUUGGUUAAAACAUUGGAAUUACAUGAAAUAAAAAUAAAAUGUGUUUGUUUUACAUGUGUGGUCAAAUAUCUUUCACUCAUGAACACCACUUCGACAUUUUUUACUUACUCGCAUCUGCUCCACUCGUGAAAAUAUUGCACCUGGUGUUCAAUGGGUGCACGAUAUUUCUACCUUACACUGAUACUAAAAUAUGUGAAAUGUAUAUUAAUAUUCUAAUUCUGUGGUCAAAUAUUGAACCAAUCCUAUGAAUGGGUAAGUCACCCAUGACGGGUAAAAUGAUGGGUUGUUGUAACCGUGGCAACUGAAAGCACCCGCUGAUGUUCCCUAUCAACAUAGAUUAUAGCUGGAACGACUAUACGUAUUAGACGUCCUGACUGUAGUAAGUUUCAUGAGCAGAGCAUGGCGGAAUUAACCUUUAGCAUGCUAGAUAAAUUGUCGUCUGCUGGAAAUGUCGUCUGCUAAAAUUGUGAAGUUCAUUCAAUUUGCUCCAAAAUUGGAAGAAAUAUUGUCAGAGUAGCAAACAGCUUGGAACCCGAUCAGACGCCGAUUUAAUCGGCGUCUGAUCUGAUUCCAAGCUGUUUGCAAAGGCUGUUAAAUUUGCCUGCAGCAGGCCAAGGGUUAAUGUCCUGUCACUUCUGCAAGGACUACUGAAUACAUCUCAUAAAUAUAGUAACAGUAACAGAAUGACCCUGUUGCGCAGUUUUCGUCUUUUCAACGAUAUCAAAACCUACCUGAUAGUGUUUAAAGAAUGUUUAUUUAUUCAUUGUUUGUAUGACAUUGUUCCAUAUUUUUACCUUGUUGCUGUAUGAUCCAGAAUGUUGCCAUUGUUAUAGAGAUCAGAUGAUAUAUAUGUAUAUUUGUGACAAAUAAUUUAUUCUCACUAACAUGGUUAACCAAUAAAAUUAUAGAAAAUUA